ACCACUAGGUGUCAUGGCUGAGUUCAAAUUGAUGGUGACGCAAGGCUCGGCAAAGCAGAGGAAGAGACGGCAGAUACCGCACCUUCGACCAAGGUAAAGCAUGGCAAUGACUGGCCAGAGCUCGUGCUCCUCCAUGAGUAACCACACCAAGGAGCGGGUCACAAUGGCCAAAGUGACCCUGGAGAACUUUUACAGUAACCUCAUCGCCCAGCACGAGGAGAGAGAGAUGAGGCAGCAGAAGCUGGAGAAAGUGAUGGAUCAGGAGGGUUUGGCUGAUGAAGAGAAACGUAUGCGUCGUUCUCAACACGCAAGGAAAGAGACAGAGUUCCUGCGCCUGAAACGCACUCGACUGGGUCUGGAGGACUUUGAGUCCCUGAAGGUGAUUGGCCGGGGAGCUUUUGGAGAGGUUCGUCUGGUGCAGAAGAAAGACACUGGUCACGUCUACGCCAUGAAGAUCCUUCGCAAAGCCGACAUGCUGGAGAAAGAACAGGUUGGUCAUAUCCGAGCUGAGCGGGACAUUCUGGUAGAGGCAGAUAGCCUGUGGGUGGUCAAAAUGUUCUACAGCUUCCAGGAUAAGAUGAACCUCUACCUCAUCAUGGAGUUCCUGCCUGGAGGAGACAUGAUGACCCUGCUGAUGAAGAAGGACACGCUAACAGAAGAGGCUACUCAGUUCUACAUAGCAGAGACGGUGCUGGCCAUCGACUCCAUUCACCAGCUGGGCUUCAUUCACAGAGACAUCAAACCAGACAACCUGCUGCUGGACUCCAGGGGUCAUGUGAAGCUGUCUGACUUUGGUCUGUGCACAGGGCUGAAGAGGGCUCACCGUACUGAGUUCUACAAGAACCUGAACCACAGCCUGCCCAGUGACCUCAGUAAGCAAACCUUCCAGAACAUGAACUCCAAGAGGAAAGCAGAGACCUGGAAGAGGAACAGGAGGCAGCUGGCUUUCUCCACAGUGGGAACUCCAGACUACAUCGCUCCAGAGGUCUUCAUGCAAAAUGGAUACAACAAGCUCUGCGAUUGGUGGAGCCUGGGUGUCAUCAUGUAUGAGAUGCUGAUAGGUUACCCUCCGUUCUGCUCAGAGACGCCUCAGGAGACGUACAGGAAAGUGAUGAACUGGCGGGAGACGCUGACCUUUCCUCCAGAAGUGCCUAUAUCAGAGAAGGCCAAAGACCUCAUCCUCAGGUUCUGCUGUGAGGAGGAGCACAGGAUCGGUGCUGUAGGUGUGGAGGAGAUCAAGUCCAAUCCUUUCUUUGAGGGGGUGGACUACGACCAUAUCAGAGAGAGACCUGCUGCCAUUCCCAUAGAGAUCAAAAGCAUUGACGACACCUCAAACUUUGAUGAGUUCCCUGAUUCAGAUAUCCUCACACCAACAGUUGCCCCGGUGUCUAACCAGACCGAGGUCGACCUGAAGAACAAGGACUGGGUCUUCAUCAACUACACCUACAAACGCUUCGAAGGCCUGACCGCUCGAGGAGCGAUACCGUCCUACAUGAAGUCAGGCAAGAGAUGAACACCUUCAGUCAGGCUUUUAUAACCAACACCACCAUGAAACCUGAAUGAGUCGUCCAACCCCCUGUUGUCUGAGGAACUUCAGCCCUGAAAGGAGAACUCUGUCGGUUCUCUGUUACCUGAGUGACAAGGAUUCUUGUCACACAGGACUCUGCAAAUAAUAAAGGGGCUCCAUUUCGUCCGUUGCUUUCCACCAUAGGAACUGCUGCCUUCAUUUCUGCAGGUCUUCACUUUUUCUGGCGCUUCUGAGGGUACCUUUCUACUUCCUACUCACAUGUGAAGACUGAACUGGGAUUCCAGAGAUUGUGAUUCUCUCCACUUCCCUUUUCCACCAGUGGAUGCAGUGGGAUGUCUUUAGUCCUUAUACCAGCACCAUUUACAUUCCCUGUCUAUAAACCAGCAUCAGUCUGUUGGACCUACCAAGGGCUCUUCUCCUUCCAAACCAGGGCAUCCACUGCAUUUACCGUUUCAUGUUGACUUAUCAACUCAAACAUUGCAUUAAGUCGCCACUUUCCACAGUGAAUCAGGUGCUCUUCAGGGAUUCUGUCCAAAUGUUUCUUGUCAUUUUCCUACAAGAGCUCACUAUGAGGCUUCUCUAAAGUGCUGCUGGCUUCUUCACAUGACCUAACCAAAGACUGAACUGAAUGAUGUUUCUGCUUGAUCUCUGUCACGUCACAUAACUUAGAAUUGUAGUUUUAUAGAUUGAUAUUUGCAAGAUUUGCUUGUUGAAAAGCGUAAAUAUAUGAGAAUGGUGCAUUUUGUUGAGUGUUGUUACAUUUUCACAAUGACCCACCUACGUUCAGAUACAUUUAGCACCUUAUAUGAUGUUUAAUCCAACUCCAGUACAGUCAGGCCUACAGCUCAGUAGUUUGUGCGUUUGGACUGGAAAAGUAUACUUGUGGCCACACGAGUUUGACAGGGAAGUGAAGGCGCUAUCUCAAAGCCGAAGUCACCAUUACCCCACAAAUGUCUACAUUUGAUUAUUUAAAUGCCAAGAACAUGUUGCACACUCAGACUUUUAGUGUCAUAAGGGUGGGAAAUCUGAAGAUCAUCAUUAGAGUUGUUCUGAUACAGAUACUAAAAUCAUAAAUUCCCUUGACACUGCCUAAAAUAUCUGGUAUCAGUGAGUACGCAUGUCUGUGCACUGAUCAGAUACCACUUAUUUUAUCUGCCCCAAAACAGGACCUUCUACUCCCACGGGUGCCCCAUUUGCAUUUUUAAGUCAUGACCCGCCCUACUGGGUUUAACCUGGGUCAGUCCAUGCAACAGUGGUCGCAGUCAUACAGGCUUAGUAGUAUACGCUUGUUAAAAAAUAAGAUACUAUGUAUCUCAUUUUUAAUGCACAUGUAUCGGAAGAGUUCUUGGUAUCAACGGGAAAUAAUUGUAUCAGAACAGCUCUAAUCAGCAUGAAACAGUACGUCUUCCCAUCGAAACUUCAACUAAUGCAAUUGAAAUGUUUUAAGUCCCGCCCCUUUUUGGUCUGUGCUCCAAUAACAGAUCUCAGUCUGAACUUUGUCCUUUCCUGGACUGAGAUAUGCUAUGUGCUAGAGACAUCUAUGUUGAAAAGACAAGCACAUUUUGGAGAUGGUUAAAAGAUAAAAGCGACACUUACCGGUGUAAAUAGUCGCAUCUUAAGUUAGCUAAUGUCAGCAAAACUCUAGCUAACUACCGAUUGAUGAAAAGAACUUGUUUUUCUUACAUAGCUAGCUAGUUAGCUAGCAUUUUGGUAACAAUUAGCUUUCAGACUAGCUAACGAUUGAUGCAGAUUAGCUAGCUAGUUGUGACUAUAUCGCUUUUAUCUUUUAACCAUCUUCAAAAUAUGCUCGUCUUUUCAACAUAGAUUAGCCUAGCACAUAGCAUAUCUGGAAAAGAAAAAAGUGACUAAGGUUCUGACUGAGGCUUUCUCAACUGUCAUUGGAUCACAGAGUAAAAAGAGGCGGGACUUAGGAUGGGUCAAUUCUUGUAGACUGAUCAGCCUAUUAAAUAGUCUACAUAAUAGAUGGAUUACUGCAGUAAUGAUGUACUGCUGAAACCAAACUGCAACCUACAAGUCAGCCCAUUCAACUCAUUGGCUCUCAGAAUCUCACUGUUUAGCUUGUUGUAUUAUUGUAAUGCAGCAGAACAACCUUGAGUAGAAAAUGGUUCAUCUAAAUUACCCAGAGUAACGGGGACUCUGUCUCUGGAAGGAUGCGUUGCAGUUGAGUUGUUUCAGAUUUCAGAGUGUUAAGGAGACUCUCACACAUGUAUAGCCUUGUGGGAAUAAAAGAUGUUGUGCUCACAUGUUCUGGACAUGUAGAUAAAACUGUGCUGUAAACGGUGUGGGAAUUUACCGCUGUCACUGCUCUGCCUUCAGGCCUUUGCUCCAGUUCUGUUGCAGUUUCUUGUUUAGAUCGCCACCUCUGCUUCGGGUAUUGUAUUCACAAGACAUUGGAUUGGUUUGGUUGAUGAACUUUAUGAGAAGUUAUUUUUUUAAAGUAUAUUUUGAUGUGUAAUAGUGUGGUGGUUGAUUUCUGAGGUCAGGAUGUUUGAAGUUGAUAUCAGCUGGAGGGAAACUUAUAGCAUUGCUUUUGUCAGGUGUGUGUGUGGGUGUGGGUGUGUGUGUGUAUGUAUGUAUAUAUUUUUUUUGUGUAUGGUUUUUGGUUUGGUAUGUUCUGUUUUGUUUCAAGAGACACUUAACAUCUUACAGAAUAACUCCACAAUGCAGCAGAGCUUGUCCUCUGAACAAGUCCAGUGUGGAGUUACUUUUAUAAAUUUAAAAGCACAGGGCUAAACAUCUUCCAGUGAACACAAUAUCCAAAAUGCUGUCAUUUCUAAUGAAUGUAAAUGUUUUAUGGAGUCACAGAGAAAAUAAUUUUUUGCCACAAUAAUUCCAAAAUGCUGUUCGUGUGAAUGUCGCCUGGACCAUGCAAGUUUGUUAAUUUUUAAUCGUCCUGGCACGAGGUAUAACUGUGGAAGCCCAUUUCCCUCAGAAACGAUAAAGAAAGAGCGAAGUAAGAUUGAAAAUUGGAACACGGUACCAAAGUGAGUUUUAAUUAUGUUGACUCAGAAUUUGGAUUUAUUUAUUGGAGUUUUUACUUAAAUUUUUAAAGUCAAAUUGUAUGUUGUCAUUUUGGUUUAAAAAAAUUUCUUAUGUUUGGUAAUCUUGUCUUACUAUGCCAUACUAAAAUUUGGAUGUAUGUCAUUAAUAUUGACCAGCCAACUCAAAACAUAUGGUAAGACCAUAUUUUGAGAUUUGAGGUCGAAAUUGACAUUAUUGUACAAUUACGACUUCAAGUUUCACUUAAAAGUAACUUAGUAUUUUUUAAUUACAACUUAAAAAAGCAUCUCCUAUCUUUAACAUUUUUUUUUCUGGCAGGAAUGGGCUUCCAUCCAUAUAUAUAUAUAUAUAUAUAUAUAUAUAUAUAUAUAUAGUCUGAAAGUUUUUCCUAUUGUCUGUAAUAUAAAACUUAGUGCAUUCAGGUAGUGUGUAGAUGAAGUAACACAUUUUAUAAAAGCACGCGGUGGAGCUUUUUUUUUCUAUGGCAGGGGUCACCAUUUUAAACACACUGUCUGUUAUUGGAAUGCUUAGGCUUGGCAUGCUUUUACCAAACUGCAGAUGAGUCAGCUUAAAGCAAUAGAAUACAUGGAAUGACUUGUUGAUAAUGCCACUUUGUGUGAGUGUGUGUGAGUGAGAGAGUGAGAGAGAGGUAUGCUUCAGACUGUGGGUGAGGAUGUGAUCAUGCUCAGUAAAAACAAUGCAAUGUUGGAUUGCUUGAAGGCCUGUAUGUUUUCUACAAGAGGGUCAGAUGUGUGUGUGUGCUCUGCUUGUGUCAUCAUGUACCACAUGUGAUCUGAGAGUGAGAAGUGAGGGGUUCUGGGAAGGUGGGUGUACAUUAUUUAAACCACUGUUCUCUUUGUAGCGUGUGGCUGUUGUAUUGUUCUCUGCUAUUUGACAAUGAAUUACUCUGCACUUAC